GGUGACAAACAGGACUGGAGCACUGCUGUCGUCUUUUCAUCAGGUGUGUCUUUUCAACUCCACCAUUCUCACAUAAUAUACCGUCAAACAACUACUCAAAUCAAUAAAAGAAACAAGGAACCCCAAUCACAAUCUAUAAAUGAAGUAGUAAUCCUAAAACUGCAAAAAAACAAAACAAUGCUGAUGCACAUUCAUAACCGUUAUUCUUAUCAACAUCAUCACCAAUUUCGCUCCUAAACCUCUCACCAUGCCCACAGAUUCCUCUGAUGAUGCAUCUAGAAGAGGAAUAGGGGAGUGUAUUUAUGAGGUGUUGAUGCCACUCAUAUCUGUUGUUGAGGUUUUUGUCUUUGCUGUCACAGGUUGUUUCAACACUUAUCUUUCACUCCCAAACAACAAAUCUGCUUAUACUGCUAAGGACUUUACUCUUCUUGCUCAAGAAACCAGAUUUACUGUUAAUGAAGUGGAGGCAUUGCAUGAACUGUUUAAGAAGAUAAGUAGCUCCUUAAUUGAUGAUGGCUUGAUUCACAAGGCGGAGCUUCAAUUGGCACUAUUUCAAACCCCAAAUAGUGAAAAUCUUUUUCUGGAUCGAGUUUUUGAUCUUUUUGAUGAAAAGAGAAACGGUGUUAUAGAGUUUGACGAAUUCGUCCAUGCACUCAGUAUUUUCCAUCCUGAUGCACCUAUGGAUGAAAAAAUAGAUUUUGCAUUUAAGCUCUAUGACCUACGACAAACCGGGUUUAUUGAGCCAGAGGAAGUCAAGCAAAUGGUUAUAGCGAUUUUGAUGGAAUCUGAAAUGAAUCUUUCUGAUGAUCUUCUUGAAGCUAUUGUUAACAAGACAAUUGCUGAUGUUGAUCAAGACAAUGAUGGUAAAAUCAGUAAAGAAGAUUGGAAAGCUUUUGCUAGUAAAAAUCCGUCGCUAUUGAAGAACAUGACACUUCCUUAUUUGAAGGAUAUCACCACUGUGUUUCCUAGUUUUAUUUUCAAAUCAGAGGCUGAAAUUUGAGAAGAAAAUGUGUUACUUUUGGUAUCAAGAUUAAAUGCUGUCUAUUCGAGGCAAAUAAUUGGAUUGGUCAUUGCUGUAAAUGGUAACAACAAAGAUAAUUUGUGGACACACAAUCAUGGUCGGCGCGCAACACUGCAUAGUUCCUGCAACCAUACUCUAAAGCCAUCACCAAGUUUUUAUGUUUUGUAUGCUUAAAGAGCAUUUUCUGAACGAACAGAAACAUACAAUUCUCAGAACUGAUUACCUGUAUGUUCACAUAUCCAAUGUUUGUCUGCAUUUGGUUCUAUUGUACAUAAAGAGUGACUGUAGUGACAUCUUCUAGUGAAACAUCAUGAGUUAUUCAAACUGUCUUGCAAGUGAGGCCUUCAGGAUGA